AAUUUAACAAAAAAAAAAUGCAAAACUGUAUUAAACUGGUGCCAUUGGCACUCAAGUGCCCGCAGAGAGCCAUCAGCACGUCUGCUGUCUUGGAUGGCAAGCGGAACUUUCGCAAAUUUAACGUACACAGCAAGCGCGGCACUCGCGUGGUUAAGGAGGCCCAAAAGACCAUGGCCAAUCCCCCGGUGCCCAUUGACAAGCGGGGCGUGCGCGACACAGGCAUCUUGGUUGAUGGAAAAUUUGUGGAGAUCCCUGAGAAAAUCCCCGAUAUUAUUGUGCCCGAUCUAACGGACUGCAAGCUGAAGCCCUAUGUGUCGUACAAAGCACCGGAAGUAGUGCAAUCAGAAUUCACCAGUCUUGACUUGUUUAACGCAGUCUAUUCGAAAAAGAUUGUUGAAGAUUUCAAGGCAGGCAGCCUCCAGGCAGACGGCAGUCCCAAAGAACCGUCGGCCGAAGAGCAACUUACUUCAUCGGAGGCAUUUCUCCGUGCGCGAAGAACUGGCAGCGACAUAUUCUAGACAUACGUUUAUUGUUUCUUAAAUAAAAAUUGUAAAUUCUA